UUUGACAUCGCCACUGCCUCCCCUGCCUCCCCUAUCUGUCUGCGCCGUGUUAAGGGUGAACCGCUCCUGACCUUCGUGACAACGUCUUUUCCGGGACUAUCGCCUUCUGUGGGCAUUCAAAGUGCCUGUUUACGGAAACAAUACGUUUAAUAUAAACAUUCAUCCCAUUCUCACCCCCUAUUCCGCCAGGAUGCUGCUUCCGAAGGGUGGUGUAACUUGGAAGUCGGCCAAAGCUAGACUGCCCCCAUGGCGCGCAGUUCUAGUUUUGGUGACGCGGACACGCUUCCUGAUCUCAUUAGCUGUCACUGGAUUGAUUGUCCUAUUAUGGCGUGGAAUUAGCAGUUCCGCGUCGGAAAUGCAGAAUUUCUAUUGCUAUGGCCCUCCGAAGUCGCCGAUGGAGAUGAGCCUUAAUGAAAUGGUCGAAUGGGGCGCUCACAGUCAAACCCCAGUCCUUUUCAACCAUCACGAACCUUACGAAGUCAACUCCAGCAGUAUUUCCAAUGUUGACCUCAAUCCUAUCAAGUCAUCGGCCCAGGCUGUCCAGAAUUCCGAACGAGUGCUCAUCCUGACCCCCUUAAGAGAUGCCUCUUUUUUCCUGAACAGAUAUUUCGACCUGAUCUACAAGCUGACCUACCCGCACGAACUUAUUGAUUUGGCUUUCCUUGUUGGUGACUGCAAGGAUGACACACUGGCCGUCCUCACCUCAGAGUUGCAACGGAUCCAGGAGCAGGUUGACGAGAAGAUUGCUUUCCGCAGUGCAACCAUUGUGCAGAAAAAUUUCGGAUCCGCCUUCGAAAUGAACGUGCAGGACAGGCACUCGUUCGCCGCACAGGGUCCUCGACGCAAGGCGAUUGGAAAGGCUCGUAACUACCUGCUUUACUCCGCGCUGAAGCCGGAUCAUUCCUGGGUUUACUGGAGGGAUGUGGACAUCGUCGACAGCCCGGAUACUAUUCUGGAGGAUUUCAUGGCUCACGAUAGGGAUAUUCUUGUUCCUAAUAUUUGGUUCCAUCGCUACAAGGAUGGUGUUGAUAUUGAGGGUCGUUUUGACUACAAUUCCUGGAUCGAAUCCGAUAAGGGACGCAGACUUCGACAGACCUUGGACCCCGACACUGUCCUCGCAGAAGGUUACAAGGAGUACGACACUGGCCGUAAAUACCUCGUCGGCAUGGGAGACUGGAGGAAUAACAAGGAUGAAGAAGUUGAGCUUGACGGCAUUGGCGGCGUUAAUAUUCUUGUAAAGGCCGACGUCCAUCGUUCAGGCAUCAACUUCCCUGCGUAUGCUUUUGAGAACCAGGCUGAAACUGAAGGAUUUGCCCGAAUGGCCAAGCGUGCUGGAUACCAGGUCUACGGAUUGCCCAACUAUAUCGUCUGGCACAUUGAUACCGAUGAGAAGCCGGGUAACCUUGGGGAGCGCAAGGCUUACUAGCCUGCAGCCUUGAGUUGAUUGUCCUUCUCACGGUCCAGUCAAAGGGGCCGAAGGCUGGUCCCUUGACCUGAAAUACCCCCUAUGCCGUGGGUAUCCGACGCGUUACGGUCCAGUUCAUUGCAUGGAGCCUUUUUCUUCUCUUACGCUGUUUUUUUUUUUUUUUAAACUAAUCUUUUUAUUU